ACUAGGCUUAUUGUCGUUGUUGUAGUAAUAGUAAUAUUAUUUUCGUUUCGUAAAGAACGGAAUUAGUCUAAAUUUUGAUUAAUGUAGGCAGAAUAAAUCAGUAUUCAUAUACAUAUUGUGCGUUCCAACAUUUUGUUAUAACCUUACGAUAAUUCUACGUACUUAUAGUGGUUUUUAACUUUUGUUUACUUCGUUGUAAAGAAGUGUAGGUAUACCUGAUGUUGUAUAGGUAGGUAAUUUUCAAGCAGAUUAAUAGGUACUUCUAAAACAGCUGAUAGUUUUGUAAAGAAACUAAUGUCAUCAUUAUCUUACAUAUGUGAAGAAUAUGGAUCUAAUUCGGAUGAUAGUGAUACUGACACAAUAGCCCAUGGAACCAAUAGGAGACCUAAGCUACCCGCACCUGAUUUGAGCAAAGUAGCUGUUGUACCGAGUGAUACUCACUUUGAUGAUCCACUGCUUCAUGGGGGCAGGUUGCGGUCAUUUCCACAUGUGAGAGGAAACUGGGCUACAUUUGUUUAUGUAAAUUAUCAUCACCAAACAGAAGUUGUUUUCAAUCUAUUAAGAAAAAUUGAGAAGGUUAUUCUAACUAAAGUGGACACAUUUCAUCGCUGUGAUGAUUUACAUAUUAGUUUGUCAAAAACAUUUGUUCUAAAGUAUCAUUUAAUAUCAACAUUCAGUUCGUCACUUCAGAAAGUUCUCAGCACUGUUGAAAGUUUUGAUAUAGGGUUUGGUGCAGUCAAAGUAUAUUGCAACGAGGACCAGUCGAGAACAUUCAUAUCUCUUGAUGUGGAUCCCUUCAGUCAUAAAAAUUUACUAAAUGUGUCAAAAAAGGUGGAUGAUGUUAUGAUUGAAUUUCAAUUGCCAACAUUUUACGAGGACCCGUCAUUCCAUAUGAGCCUUUUGUGGACAAAUGGUAAUAAAAAAUCUGAAUUCGACACCAUUAUUGACACAUUAAAUGAUCUACUGUUGCAGGAGAUCGAAAAAGAUUUAAGUACAGUGUUAAUUGAUACAAUCAAUUGUAAAAGUGGGAACAAGUACUUUCAAUACUCAUUGGUAUAAUAGACAAUAAAGAAAAACAACAU